AUGGAGGACGCAGAGGACUACGAGUUGGAAGAGGAACAAAAAACUUAUCCUCAAUAUGAUGACAUGAACUACGACGAUCUGGUUACAAACUUUGAUGAACUAACAAGUAUGUUACAUAGGGAGGAAAAGUAUAAUUUAGAUCCAUUAGUAAUCACCGACCUUAACAAUGAACUCAGCUAUGUGAAGAACCUCAUGGAGGAACGUGGAACAGCAGAGACAACCUUUACCGAGGGGGAAGACGGUACAGUGAACAUCUCAAGACCAUCAGGAAGUACGGCCGUCCCAGGAGUCGACUUCGUGGAAGACCCUAACGAUUUACUUCCAGACGUGCUAGAUGCAUUUGACGAAUCAUUUGACGCUAAUUGGGACGACAUAGAGGAACGUCUAAGUAAACUGAAAAAGUUCUCAACAGUUGAAAAGAAAAGAGACUUUGAAAACCAGGUAGAACGUGUACAAGCUGUCACAAGAGUUAUCCAGACAAAGGAUAAAGUAGUACUCAACCCCAGAAACAAAAAUGUCAGGGAACUCAUAAAGCGGUCAUCAGUAAGGACUCUUCAUGAUGGCACAGAGGUGUUAGUGUUCAGAAGUGAAAAAGGUAUUGACAAAGGUGGUAUCCAGAUAAUGAAACGUGGUAAGACCAGCAUACCUGUGUACUCCAAGAAUUCCCCUGCAUUGGGAGAAUACAAGGAUCUGGUGAGGAAAAUUAAGAAUGAACCCACCACAACAGCAGAUCAAGGUGCAGAACUGAAUGACACCAUUGAUGCUGACGAUGGAUUUGAAGACAUUGAACUCAUAGAUGUGAGAAUAGAUAGAGACGACAUCGCAGCUCUAACCCCUACAGAAAACAGGGAGCUCCGAGGUGUACUUAACCCCACAGACGCAAUGGACUGGGAAUCACGCAUAGGAACCGAUGGAGCGCUUCAGAUACAGCUGAAAUACUUUCAGGACACAAUCGAUAAAACAAUGGAGUUGAGAGAGGAAACGGAUGACCCAGAGAAGUUCAUCAGAUUGGAAGAAAGAAUAGUCGCUCUUAGGGAAGCAAGGGAUAGGACAGUCAUGCAGAAAGAACUGGAGGAAGGUAGACAGGCCCAAGUUGAAGACAUUUCCAGAUUACGCAAAUUUGUGAAAUGGUUAGGAGAGGAAAAGGUGGGUCUCACAGGGAUAGCAGUGUCAACAGCCAGUCUAAUUACAGCCUUACUGAUCCAUGCCAGGGGAAUACUUGUUGGAACGGCAAAAGCAACUGGUAAAGUAGCAAAGGCACUAGCUAACAUGGCAAAGAAAGGUGCUCCAAUUCUUGUUCCAAUUCUGAACGCCAUCGCAACAGCACUGUCAUGGGGUGCCAAAGGUAUUGCCUGGUUAGCGUCACACUUAUGGGUACUAGCUGUAGCGGCUGCACUACUUGUGUAUGACUACUUACAACGCUAA